GUUCAUUGCUUUUCCCCGAGGGCUUCCAUGACUUGGCCUUUCCACCUCUCAACUCCCCUCACUUCUCUGCUGGACCCAAGUCAGUCAGCAGAAUCGUCCUUUCCACUGACUAUCUAACCCUCAAUGCAGCGAGAGCUGGCCGAUAGGUGGGCUCGCAACCGUUAUUUCGGUUGAGUUGGUUUUUUUUGGUUUGGAGGGAGGACAACGUCCUACACCGUGACUACGAACACGGUCACACAGGAGCAGAGAGGAUCAUUGAGAACAAACACUCUUUUCAGACUGUCCGAUCCUCUUCGUUCUUGAUUCCAGUCGCUUUUCCCAUAGCUGUUCCCUCGUUUAUUGCACCUCCUCCCACGUCUCCGACAUGCAUAUCUCAAAGAAACUCGAGCUGGCUCACCAGCAGAACAAGCCGACCUUCUCCUUCGAGUUCUUCCCUCCCAAGACGGCGCAGGGCGUUCAGAAUUUGUACGACCGCAUGGACCGCAUGCAUAAUUUGGGCCCGACUUUCAUCGACAUUACCUGGGGCGCAGGCGGAAGGCAUUCCCAGUUGACCUCUGAGAUGGUCAAUGCUACCCAGAACUACUAUGGAUUAGAAACUUGCAUGCAUUUGACCUGCACGGAUAUGGAACGACAACAAGUCGACGAAGCUCUUCGUCGCGCAUACAAAGCUGGGUGUACAAAUAUCCUCGCACUCCGUGGAGACCCGCCCCGGGACCAGGAAAAGUGGGAGGCAAAAGAAGGUGGUUUCCGGUAUGCAAAGGAUUUGGUUAAAUACAUCAAAGCAAGAUACAGUGACCAUUUUGACAUCGGCGUCGCCGGCUACCCGGAGGGCUGCGAUGACCAAAGGGAUGUGGACUUGCUGAUCGACCAUCUCAAGGAGAAGGUCGACGCCGGAGCCAGUUUUAUCAUCACGCAAAUGUUCUACGAUGUCGAUAUCUUUCUCAAUUGGGUGAAGAAGUGCCGUGAUCGAGGAAUCAGUGUUCCGAUACUUCCUGGGAUCAUGCCCGUCCAAACCUACGCCGCGUUUGUGAGACGAGCCAAUUGGACAAAAUGUCAUGUUCCUCCAGAAUGGUUCGAGGCUUUGGAGCCGGUCAAAAAUGACGAUGCGGCUGUCAGGGCUAUCGGAAAAGAUCUGGUCGCUGACAUGUGCCGGAAAAUUCUGGACUCUGGAAUCCAACACCUCCACUUUUACACCAUGAAUCUGGCGCAAGCUACUCGGAUGGUGCUGGAAGAGUUGUCCCUAACGCCUGAAACUUCUGGGAUGCCGCUGGAGAAGCCGCUCCCCUGGCGCCAGUCUCUAGGAUUCAACCGCCGGGACGAGACGGUCAGGCCAAUCUUUUGGAGAAAUCGCAACGCAUCAUACAUAAGCAGGACCGCCGACUGGGAUGAGUUUCCCAAUGGUCGUUGGGGCGACAGCAGAUCUCCCGCCUUUGGGGAACUGGAUGCUUACGGCAUUGGGUUGAAGGGCACAAACGAAGCCAACAUCAAGUUAUGGGGGAAACCAAAAUCCCUGCGCGACGUCACAGGUCUUUUCGUACGCUUUUUGCAGGGAGACUUGGAUCGACUACCAUGGAGUGAAGGUGCCAUCUCUGCUGAAGCCGACGUCAUCAAGAAUGAUCUGCUACAGUUAAACAAGCAUGGGUUUUUGACCAUUAAUUCUCAGCCAGCAGUCGAUGGUGCGUCUUCCACUCACCCAGUCUAUGGAUGGGGCCCUGCAGGCGGUUGGGUUUACCAAAAGGCAUAUCUGGAACUGCUUGUCUUUCCCUCUAUGUUCAAGAUGGUGAUGGAACGACUCAACGCCGACAAAAACCUCACCUAUUAUGCUGUGAAUCGGAAAGGCGAACUGUACACCAACACCAAGGACGAAGGUCCAAACGCCGUCACAUGGGGCAUCUUUCCGAACCGAGAGAUUGUGCAGCCCACUGUCGUGGAGACCGUCUCCUUCCUGGCAUGGAAGGACGAAGCUUUCCGUCUCGGACAGGACUGGGCAAAGUGCUAUCCCGCGGGCUCAGGAAGCAGAAAGCUGAUCGAGAAGAUCAUGGACGAGUGCUACCUUGUCAACAUUGUCAACAACGACUUCCACCAAAACAAGGAGAUCUUCAAGGUGUUUGAGGGACUGGAGACCAAGGAUCUUGAUUUGGUCAUCGAAGACACCGUGGCCAGUCAUCCCGAAAGCGGGACCAAAGACGCGGUGAAUGGUGAUUCAUCGCUCGCCGACGUUGAGAAAGGCCUUACAAAUGGGGAGCAACACAAGAUCCCCUCGAAGGCCAGUGGAGAGGUUCUCUCCAAUUGAGCAUAGUCUCGUAGUUGCUUCCUUGCCGGAUUUUCCUUUGAAUCUUUGUCUUUUGCUUCUACUGGCGUUUUAUUUGACACAAAGCAUGAUCAACUCUGCUAACUUGGGCGGGUCCUAGCUCUUACAAGCCGGACUGGAGUUUUCGGGGGGGCGUUUCGUUUUCAACAAUGCCUCUGGGGGCCGGCGUGGGGGUAGGUGAUGACCCAAAAGGAUUGAAUGGCAACACAAAGGGAGCCAGCGAAAGCGAAAGCAAAAAGGAAAAAGCAAUCUCAUUUCAACAUGAUACCCCACGCAUGAAGAGCAAAGCAGCUCAUUUCAACAUGAUACCCCCAGCAUAGACGAGACAUUUAACGAGGAAACGAUUUAUGAGGAGACAGAACCACCAAAAAAAAAGAGGGAAAGAUGUGUUUGGCAUACAGGAUUAUGCCACCAGGGGAAUUUGCCCUGCAGUAUCCCGGGCUGCUUAUUCUACUUGGGCCCUUACCUUAUCCGGACGCCGGAAGACAGAAAGGAUAGCAGGGAGAACAGCUGGAGGGGAUGAUAGAAAGAGAGGCGCGCCGAGACCCUUUUCAACAUGGUCAAUCGUGCCUCUCUUCCUAUCUGUCUUCUGGACGGCCGGCCAUCUAUGCGGUCUGAUUUCGUGAUAUAUCCUUGGCGGCGGCUUCUGUGUCUCACAAUCAAUGAAUGAACAAGCGAAGCAGACGCAGAAGUAGUAAACUUGCAGUGCGAUGAACCAAGAUCUGACCUGACAGGUAUGCAUGCAUGCAUUGUAGAGAAACGGGGCCAUGCAUGUAUUUCUGAUGCCCUGGACGCAGUACGAUCGCUUGCUUACUUGCUCGCUUGCUCGCUCAG